GCUACCGAAUCGGGCCGCCGGAAGCAGCUAGUAUCUUCCAUCGUGGUCGCAGCGGCGGCGGCCCGUAGCGGCUUCCUCCUCCCUCCGGCGCGGGCGCAGGUGCGCAACGCAAAAGCACCCCCGAGCUGGGGAGAAGCCGCCCCGCCGGCUCGCCCUUCGCCUAAUCGUCUAUGGCGGCGGCGGUGGGCGCCGUGGUCCGGCGGCUGCACGCGGCGGCGGUGCAGCCCCCGCGCCUGACGAAGCUCGCGCUGCAUGCGCCCAAAUCCGUUGAGGUUGAAUUCGCAGAUGGUAGCUCAUUUCAUUUGUCAGCAGAGUUUCUCAGAGUAUACAGCCCAGCAGCUGAUAGCAAAAUCAGAUCAGUGCGCGGUGAAAAGAAAAAAAAAUCUGUUUUUACAGUGGAGAUCAUGUCCGAUCAGGUUAUAUUCGGGCGACGGCAUGUUGGAAUCAUGUCAGCUGAAUCCGUAGGGAACUAUGGAGUCCGGAUACUCUUCGAUGAUUUGCACAAGACAGGGAUCUUCACAUGGGAUUACUUGCAUCAUCUGGGUUCUAAUAAGUUCAGUUUGAUGCGAAGUUACAUCAGAACUUUGAGAAAGCACGGACUCAGUCGGGAUCCCCAAAGAAGGAAAUGAACUAUAGUCUCUACUCUCUAGACAACCUCACCUUGUGCUGCAUGGAUUGCUCUGUCAGGCUUCGCCAGCCAUGUAUCAGAAGAGUUGCUCAAUUGAGCGUUUUAGAUGUAAACACAUAACAUAAGGAAAUGCUGAGUGACAGUAAGGCGUUAAGGAUGGAAAGGAGUGUGCUGGAGUUGACUGACUUGUUGGAAUUGGACAGACACAUCCAGUUUUCACAUAAUUUAUGCAGUUUUCUUAUCCUCUCCCUCUCAGAAGGGACAGUUGUUGUAUUUGAGUCCAAAUGCUUGUGCAACUACGCAGAUGUAUCACUGUUUGCUUUA